AUGGUCUCCGUCCGCGACCUGGGCCCUGCAGGAGCUGCAGACCACUAUCCCGAACACUCCACGAGCCAGGACUGGAGUAAAUAUGAUGAGAAGCUACUACAGACCGUGGCUGUUGGUGAUGCAGAAAAGGUGGCCUCACUCCUCAGUAAAAGGACUCUGCUUGCGACGAAGCUUGACACUGAGGGACAGUCAGCGUACCACCUGGCAGCAUUGAAAGGUCAAGUGGAUUGUCUGGAGGUCUUCCUGGCACAUGGAGUGGAUAUCACAGCACUGGAUGGCUCAGGAUUGAAUGCUUUACAUUUGGCAGCAAAGCAUGGGCACCAUCAGUGUGUGAAGAGACUUCUCCAGGAAAAAUGCCCAGUGAAUGCAAUUGACAGUAAAGGCAGGAUUGCACUACAUCAUGCAGCUCUCAGUGGAAGUUUUACAUGUGUUCAGACACUUUGUGAUUUCAAGGGUCCUAUAAAUGUCUAUGAUGAUGAUGGCUGUACUCCACUGAUUCUUGCUGCACAGGUGAGCAACUAUGAGAUGUGCAGGUGCUUGAUUGUGAGAGGUGGAGAUGUCAACAGCAGGGACAAGCAGGGAAGAACUGCUUUGAUGCUGGCCUGUGAAAACAACAGUUUGGAGACAGCCGAUGUUCUUGUCAGGAGUGGAGCUAACAUCAGCCUUGUAGAUGCUUUGGGUCAUGAUGCCAUACACUACAGUAUGGUGACUGGAAAUCCAGAAAUACUGCAGCUACUUCAUGCAGCUCUUCACAAAAACUACUGGAGUAAUGAACCAGAAUUGAGGAGGAGGCACCAUCAGAGUUUAGCAAAAGAGAAAACUGCAAGUCCUCGAAAGAGGCAAGCUCCGUUGCCACCAAGCACCCCUUCUACUCAGAGCCCAACAGAAUCGUGUGAGUUUCUCUCCACUGGUGAAUCGACAAGCCCAUCCUAUUCAUCAACAGAAACGCUCACACCAAAGAAUGACCAGAGGUUAAGUGAGGAGGUAUUCCUACUUCAACAAGAGCGACAGCACCUGUUACAAACGAUUAGCAACCUGGAGCAGUUGGUAGACAAAUGUCAACGGGAGAAAGUGCUUAUUGCAAAAGACAGUGGAAUUCAGAAACUGGAAAAUCAGGUACAAGAGCUCACAAACAAGCUAACAGAGAAAGAGCACGAACAUCAAGAAGUUACCAAGCUUAAUGAAAUUCUACAGGGCAGACUAUCUUUACAUGAGGGCAAACAUCAUGAGAACAUUGAGAAUGAUUCAAUGGAUGAGGAAGGAAUGCUCUCCAGUUUUGCAGGGACUGAGAAUCUAUUUUCAGAAAGUAGUCUUAAUCAGCCCAGUGAGGAAUGGAUUGGGACUCUGCAGAGGCAAAUAGAGAGUCUCACAAUUGAAAAUCAAGAGCUACUAGGAAGACUCCAGGAGUUGGAAUAUUUCCAGAAAGGAGCAAAUGAACAGGAUUCUUCAGAAAGUCUCGAUUUUAUUCCAGUUCUUCUCUAUGAUUCGUUACAAGAAGAGUUUGCAACGUUGAAGGAACAAUAUGAAGAAUCUCAAGCUAAGAUUUUGGAGGGAGUUAAUUCAGCAACCUCUGGAAACCUAGUCCCAGUGGAACUGUAUGAGCAAUUAAAAAUAGAGCAUGACCAAGAAGUUCAAAGGCUGCAAGUAAUUCUUGAUGAGCUCAAGGCCAAAGUAGACCCGAAGGCAGAAUGUCCACCCAAAGAUGUGAACACAGAAUUGAAAGAUGUGGUAGAGCUUGAAGGCCAAGAUGCACAAGAUCUCAGAAAUAAAUUGAAGGAAACUCAAGAGAAAUAUGAAGUAGCAAUGGCAGAGAUUCAUCAACUUGAAGAGCGGAUGCAAUUAGGAAUCCUUUCUAUGGUACAAAAUGAAGCUGCAGUAAAUACUGAGGUUGCAAAAUCGAUCACUGAUCAUGAGCUAGAGAACGUUAAAAUGAAGCUUCUCCAAGCCCUUGAAGCCAAAGUUCAGGAAGAAAAGAAGGUAAAAGAAUUGGAAGAAAAGUUGUGUCAAAUGGAGAAGACUUUGACUGAUAGUGUUCCUUUGAAAGAGUAUGAAGAAAUGAAGAUUUCACUAAGUACCUCUCUUGAAGAAAUUUCUAAAGAAAAUUCCUCACUGACAGAAAAAUAUAACAAAGUAGAAGAUGAACUCAAGGAACUGAGAACAAAUCUAUUUGGGGAGACCAUUGAAAAUAGUGCUAAAUCAUCCAGAGAAGUCAAAGAGCAGAUUGAAGAGCUGAUGAAAGCCCAUGAAGAACUGCAGGAAAAGUGCAGAGAGCUUCAAACAGAAUGCCAAAAGAAAGCUGAAGAUCUCAGGUCAGUUCAUUUUACACAUGUUCCAAAAGAGGAGCACAAAGACAUUACGGAGAGGUUAAGUAGAUCCCUCAGAGAAGCUAAUGAGCAGUACUCAGAUUUAGAAGUAAAACACAGUGAAAUCCAGCAAGAAAUCACAAGGCUGCAAAAUGAGAGAGAUGACCAAAGGAAGAAUUCUGUAUCUAAGAAUGAGCACGACAAGACAAAGAAAUCACUUGAGAAAUCUUUACAGGAUGCAAAUGAGAUGAUAAACAGUCUGAAGGAUCAACUGACUUUGAAGGAGAAGGAAAUGUCCCAACACCAGGAGGAGCUUCAGAUAACUAAAGGACAAACCAUUCCAAAGGAAGAACAUGAGAAGGUUACUUCCUCUCUGAAGGCCGAGAUAAAUUCUUUGAUAAUUAAGUUAAAUGAUCUGACCAAAAAGCAUGAGAAGACCUGCACAGAGGUGUUCCAGGUCCAGAGACAGGCACUCUUCAUGAAGAGUGAGAAGCACGCUGCUGAGGAGGAGGUGGCUGCGGUGAAGAAACAGCUUGAUGACUUAAAAUCUGAGUCAAAGAAGAUCAUUGAACUGCAUAAACUUAUUGAGGAUUCUACUGCAGUUGUUAAGGAAAAGGAUAAGAAGAUAACUGAACUCUCAAAAGAGGUGUCCAAACUGAAAGAGGCUUUGAGCAGUUUGUCGGUGCGGACUUGUGCUGCUGCACUCCCUCCCAAACCAGUCUCCCAAUACAACCAGCAGCACACAGAAUCCUUACAGAGGCACAUCAAACUGCUACAGCAGCAGCUGGUACAAGCCGAGAGUGACCACAGAGCCAUUGUGACUACUUACCGAUCACAUCUCCUUUAUGCGGUUCAAGUAAGGAGCUCAGUGCUGAAAUCAUACUUUAACAUUGAUUUAGACGAUUGUGUAUUAGUAUUACAGUUGUAUUCAUGCAACCUAGAAGUUUCCUUUGAUGGCAGCACACCUGGUUUUCAUCAAGAACUGCAGUAUAAGAACCCCGGCUUUGCACCCACUAAUUUCCAGAUUAUUGGUUUUGCCAGUGUGCAAAGUGAUCAGGUCACCAUGGACCCAGUGGACAUGAAUACCCUUCAACAAGCCCUCGCCAGCCAGGGUUCUCUACUGGGACAGCACGACCAACUCCUCCAGGAGGUCUUGUAG